UUCAGAAAAGGCAUUAGUUAUUUCAUAUUAAGAAACCUAAGCUUUCUUUGCUGUUAUGCAUCUACAUUACACAUAUGCAAGAAUACAUGAUCUAAAAGUUGCUGUGUUUGAAAAUACAGGCAUGAGGUAUCAGCUGGGGUUUAGGUUCUCGUUUUGAAAGGUCACUACUUGAAUAUCUGAUUAUGCGCAAGAUUGUCCCUCUCAUAUGAAUCAUUCUUGUGUAUUUUCUUCCAGUCAUAGACCUAUGCUGAUUCUGAUAAUGGAUAAUGAUUUUUGUUUCACAGUUUAAGGUGAUCUGUUUUUUUUUUAAAUCAGUGAAAAAAACAAAUCCACACUUUCCUCCAUCUAGUGAAAUUAAGCCUAAUACAUUUUAUGUAAGAAUAUUACUUGCAAUAUUUGAUUUCAGUAUUUUUAGUGGAUUUUACAAGUAUAGAUUUAAUCCUCCAUCUUCUUAUCUUAUCCACACGCUAGAAAAUCCAGCAUUAAUUAAGUUUGGAAACACUUUCAAACAAUAUUUUCAGCCCAAAACAUCUAUCUAUGUGCUUCUCUUUGACUAAUCUUGGUUACUUAUUGGUCCCAUUUUGUGAUGCAAAGAGAGGUCAUGCUAGUAAAGUAUGCUUCCAGGAUGGUUGUGUAUGCUUGUUAUUUAACCUGACAAUGUUCAAUUUAGUUUUGUGGUACAGCGAUGUGUUUUUUCUUUAUAAUUUUACUGUGAGUUGCUGUGUGCAAUAUUCCACUUGUAAUGCAAAACUGAUUUUUGAAGGAAGAAUUAAAGACAGACUUGCAUUGUGGAGUAGUGUCUUAUGCAGUCUCAUGUACACACUAGUGAUAUUUGUUGUGCAGAUGGCUUAUGAAAAACGCAGUGAAAACAAUAUAUUCAUCAGUCAAAUAACAUUGCUGCCACUAAAGAGAGGUGAUUCACACAGACGCAGGGAAAGACCACCAAAACAGAUGCUUGGUCAUUCAUACCAGUAGUUUACAUUAUCGCCAUUACACUAAACCCAGAACAGACAAGUUAAACCUUGAUAUAAGAAGUGGCGGUGUCAGUUUUUGGAGUUUGCAGUGCUAUAACUGAUUGAAACUCUUGGUGUCACUGUGCACCAACAAAGGCAGGAGGAAGGCAUCGCUUCAUCCAUUCUUUUCCACCAUUGCAAAACGUUAUUGUGGCGUGGUGUGUCUUUCGGUUCAGGACAUUACAAAAGACCAGCCUUGUGCUAAUAUUCGUCUUCUUCAUGAAUAUAGGAGGAGCAUAAGCUUUGAUACAUUUGGAAUAACUGUCCAGAGAAGGAUGGAAAUCUGGCCGAUCAUGGGGAAUACAUUGUACGGAGGAUAUUUUAUGAACCGCUAUUGUGUCCUAUUCCUUUUCAUCAGCCUGCGUUUCGCACACGGAGAUGUGAGCUACUCUGUCGCAGAGGAGAUGAAACGCGGGUCUGUGAUUGGAAACAUAGCCAAAGAUCUCGGCCACGGGAUUUCCACUCUUUCCUCGCGUAAAGCUCGUAUUGAUACAGACGGGAAUGGCAAACGGUACUGUGAUAUUAAUCUGAGCACGGGAGAUUUGAUUGUUGCUGACAGGAUCGACAGGGAAAGCCUUUGUGGUAAGAAGGCGACUUGCGUUUUAAAAGAGGAGCUUGUUUUGGAAAACCCUUUAGAGCUGCAGCGUAUCAGUAUCCAUGUGAAAGACAUAAACGACAACGCCCCGGAAUUUAGUGAAGACUUGAUUUCAUUUGAAAUAAGAGAAUCAGCCGACAAAGGAGCGAAAUUCUUACUGACUGAAGCCCGUGAUGCGGAUAUCGGCACAAAUGCAGUGCAAAGCUACAAUUUACAAACUAAUGAGCAUUUCACUAUUAAUGUAGAUGCAGGGGUCAGCGGAAGAAAACACCCCGAAUUGGUUUUAGUAAAGGAAUUAGAUCGAGAGCAAGAGAAAGAACUGAAAUUAGUGCUAACAGCUCUAGAUGGCGGAUCUCCUCAGAAAUCUGGUACUGCAGUUAUUCAUGUCACUGUACUGGAUGCUAAUGAUAACGCCCCAGUGUUCAGUCAGGCCGUUUAUAAAGCCAGUCUGCCUGAAAACUCUCCUCCAGAUACUGUUGUGGUCACAGUGAGCGCAACUGAUGCAGACGCAGGACCCAGUGGUGAUAUUACCUAUAAUUUUGAUCAUGUGUCUGAUGACCAUGUCUCUUUGUUCUCACUUGAUCAUAAGACAGGAGAAAUAAAAGUAAUCGGCUCUAUUGAUUAUGAAACGGAGACUUCAAUUGAACUGCGAGUAAGAGCAAAAGACGGACCAGGUCUGACCUCGUAUUGCACAGUAAUUAUAGAUAUUACAGAUGUCAAUGACAACCCACCUGUUAUUAAUUUGAAAUCAAUCACUAACCCCAUACCUGAGAAUGUGUCACCUGGUACAGAGGUGGGAAUCAUUAAUGUGCAGGACAGAGACUCUGAGAAUAACCAGCAGGUCCGCUGCUACAUUCAGCAAAAUGUUCCUUUUAAAUUGGUUCCUUCUAUUAAAAACUAUUAUUCUCUGGUGAGCACAGGACAACUGGACCGUGAAGUGGUGUCUGAUUACAACAUUACAAUCAGUGCCACUGACGAGGGCUCUCCUCCUCUGUCCUCGUCUAAAAGUAUUCAGUUGUCUGUAGCUGACAUCAACGACAACCCACCUGUGUUUGAGGAACAGUCGUACAGCACAUAUGUGAGUGAGAACAACAAACCUGGUUCCACUUUAUGUUCCGUCAGUGCUCGAGACCCCGACUGGAGACAGAACGGUACCGUGAUUUAUUCUCUGUUAUCUGGUGAGGUGAACGGUGCCCCGGUGUCCUCGUAUGUGUCUGUGAACGGAGACACGGGUGUGAUCCACGCUGUGAGGUCGUUUGAUUAUGAACAGUUUCGGAGCUUCAAAGUGCAGGUGAUGGCGAGAGACAACGGUUCUCCUCCUCUGAGCAGCAACGUGACCGUGAGUGUGUUCAUCUCGGAUGUGAAUGACAACUCUCCUCAGAUUCUGUAUCCCGCCCCGGAGGGCAACUCGUUCAUGACCGAGCUGGUCCCCAAAGCUGCUCACGGAGGCUCUCUGGUGUCCAAAGUGAUCGCGGUGGACGCGGACUCCGGUCAGAACGCCUGGCUGUCGUAUCAUAUAGUGAAAUCCACUGAUCCGGGACUUUUCAGUAUUGGUGUCCACAGCGGAGAGAUCAGGACACAGCGGGACAUUUCUGAAUCUGACAGCAUGAAACAGAAUCUUAUUGUGUCAGUGAAAGACAACGGACAGCCCUCUCUGUCAGCCACCUGUUCCAUGCAUUUACUGAUUUCUGACAACUUGGCUGAGGUGCCAGAACUAAAAGAUAUUUCUUAUGAUGAGAAAAAUUCCAAGCUGACUUCAUACCUGAUUAUAGCGCUGGUGUCUGUAUCCACCUUCUUCUUGACCUUCAUUAUCAUCAUCCUGGGUGUGAGGUUUUGUCGCAGGAGAAAGCCCAGACUGUUGUUUGAUGGAGCAGUUGCCAUCCCCAGCGCUUAUCUCCCUCCUAAUUACGCAGAUGUUGACGGGACAGGAACUUUACGCAGCACUUACAAUUAUGAUGCCUACCUGACAACAGGUUCUCGGACCAGUGACUUCAAGUUUGUGACUUCUUACAAUGACAACACUCUGCCUGCAGACCAGACUCUGAGGAAAAGUCCAUCAGACUUUGUUGAUGCCUUUGGAGACUGUGAUGACUCUCCUGAGGUAAGAGCAUCAAACGUAAUUCAAUAUUUUAACAGCAACAAUAUUGCUCACCUUUCUAAUGUAUGAUUUUCUGUUUGAACUUUGGUCUUCUUCAGUUUCUAUAAGUGAGACAUGAUAUUUCCUACAAUGCGUUUACCUUCUUCAAUCAAUGUAGCAGACUGUCAGUGAUGCAGUCUCCUUUAAGUUUAAUUUUGUGCGCAUUGUAUAACUGCCUUGAGUUGCCUUUGGAUAGGUAUUUAUAGCUAUUCUUGAACACAUUGCGACAAAAUGCUUCUUGAUUUAAAAAAAAAAAAAAAAAAAAAACUUUACCCAUAAAUUUCUGCUGGUUGAUUUGAUUCUCACAAAAUCUUGCGUCCUCGCCGCCAUCUUUACAGUAAUGACAAAUCAGUCAAGUCUGCCGCCUUCAGCUGAAAGCUUUGAUUAGAAUUCAGCUUCAGCGGGGCGGUUUAAACGUGACUUCAUUUCAGUGCCGUUGUGUUUUAGCUUUUUAUGUCUAGCUCUGUCUUUUGCUGAUUAUCUGAAAUAACCCAAAGUUUGUUAUUGUCUGUUUUCGAGAGCCAUGUCAAUCAUAUUUCAUUCAUGUGGUUUAACUUAAUGCAUUUCAGGUUCAAAUUUGAGUAGCCUCGACGUGUAAGAACUUCUGGAUCAUCUCUCUGUAGUUUUCAUAGUAUCCCCAUAUAUACAGUGCCAAAUGAUGUGUCCACGUGUGUUCUGAAUAUGUUAAACCAUUUUCUGGUGUUUGGUGACUUGUUUUAGGCCAUCACUCUUUUCUAGUUUAAGCCGUAGAAUCUUGGAUAUGUACUGACUUGCUGAUAAGAUUUUAAUCGAACUGGGUAAAGUAACUCUGCUCUAUAAAGCGUAACUAGUGUUGUGUUCUGACGAUUUUCCAUGUGUUUCUCUUUACACGUUGAUGUAAAGUCAGAAAAAAAUAGCUUCUCGUUCCCCUUUAAAGCUUAUAUGGUUGUCAAGAUUACUGGGAAAAAAGUGUUGAU